AGAGGGAGAGAGAGAAAGCAUAACAAACAUGGCGGCAGGAUGGUGUGGAGGAAAAGAGAUCAUGCUGACUUUUGUUCUGUUAUUGUGGCCCGGACGGUUUGUAAGCGCGGUGGAAACGGUGUCCGAAGCCGGAAGCGAGAGCCGUAUUCUGGGCAUGCGCCUGGAGAGAAGCGACAAGCCGGCGGCCACCACCGACGACGGGAUCGUGCAGGUGACGGAGGACAGCAACAUCUCGCUCAGGCUGUACGGUUUGCACAUCAGCAAUGACACCUGGAUGCAGGUGAAGUUCAUGGACGUCGCUGAUGACAGCAGCGAUGACCCUCGGAGCAGUGAGGGAUUUAACAGGACUUGUGCUGAUUUCACCCAAGACGUCAUUAUUAAAAGCGGCUUGAACGUCAACAGUCAGGGGACCUCAGGGGUCUUGAGCGCACAGAUCAAGGUGUUGAGGAAAAGCGAGGCGCAGAGGGAUUACGCCAUGUGCAUCAAGAACGACCAGGACUCCAGGUGGUACCUUCUGGGAGAGAAUGAUGGUAGGAUCCGUGUGGUGGAAGAGAAGAAGUCCUUGCUUCCCUUGUGGCUUCAAGUGAUCCUGAUCUGCUGCCUUCUGGUGCUCUCUGGCAUGUUCAGCGGUCUCAACCUGGGUCUGAUGGCUCUGGAUCCCAUGGAGCUGCGAAUCGUCCAGAGCUGUGGCACGGACAAGGAGAAAAAGUACGCGCGGAAAAUCGAGCCCAUCCGAAGGAAAGGAAACUACCUGUUGUGCUCGCUUCUUCUCGGGAACGUCUUGGUCAACACGACUCUCACCAUCCUGCUGGACGAUCUCAUCGGUUCAGGCAUCGGCGCGGUCGUCGCGUCCACUAUCGGCAUCGUCAUAUUUGGUGAAAUUGUUCCUCAGGCUCUGUGUUCUCGCCAUGGCCUGGCAGUCGGUGCGAACACCAUCCUGCUCACUAAAUUCUUCAUGCUGGUCACGUUUCCGCUCUCCUAUCCCAUUAGCAAACUCCUGGACUGCGUUUUGGGUCAGGAGAUCGGUACCGUGUACAACCGGGAGAAGCUUGUAGAGAUGUUGAAGGUCACUGAGCCGUAUAACGACCUGGUCAAAGAGGAGAUGAAUAUGAUCCAGGGUGCGCUGGAGCUCAGGACGAAAACGGUCGAGGAUGUCAUGACACCACUUUCGAACUGUUUCAUGAUUCACAGCGAUGCCGUGUUGGACUUCAAUACCAUGUCGGAGAUCAUGGAGAGCGGGUACACGCGGAUCCCGGUGUAUGAGGAGGAGCGAACGAAUAUCGUAGACAUCCUAUUUGUGAAGGACUUGGCCUUCGUGGAUCCGGACGACUGUACGACUCUGAAGACCAUCACCAAGUUUUAUAAUCAUCCCGUCCACUUUGUGUUCCAUGACACCAAGCUGGAUUCCAUGCUGGAGGAAUUUAAGAAAGGUAAAUCUCACUUGGCCAUCGUCCAGAAGGUGAAUAAUGAAGGCGAGGGCGAUCCGUUCUACGAGGUGCUGGGUUUGGUGACUUUGGAGGACGUCAUUGAAGAGAUCAUCAAAUCGGAGAUCCUGGAUGAGUCAGACCUUUACACUGACAACCGGACCAGAAAAAAGGUGGCGCCCAAUAAAAACAAGCGUGACUUCUCCGCCUUCAAGCACGAGAGCGAAUCUAAAGUUAAAAUCUCUCCUCAGCUGUUAUUGGCUGCCCACCGAUUCCUUUCCACAGAAGUGACUUUAUUCAGCCGAUCCCAGAUCUCCGAGAAGGUCCUGCUGAGGAUCUUGAAGCACCCCGAUGUUAUUCAGGAGAUCAAAUUUAACGAGAAUGACAAACGAUCACCUCAUCAUUACGUCUACCAGCGUGGCAAAGCCGUCGACUACUUUGUCCUCAUACUGCAGGGUCGUGUGGAGGUGGAGGCUGGUAAUGAGAAUAUGAAGUUCGAGACAGGGCCCUUCUCCUACUACGGGGUCAUGGCACUGAAUUCCACAUUAGAGUUCCGUUCACCAUCUCACAUCAGUGGUCUAAACCGUUCGGCGUCUCUUAACUACCCGGAUCGCUCAGAGUCUCAGUCCAUCAAUGGCAGCAACACGCAGCUGAACAUCUCCCCGUCUGCGCAGUACAUCCCCGACUUCAACGUGCGGGCACUGACCGACCUGCAGAUCGUCAAGGUCACUCGAUCGCAGUAUCAGAACGGUCUGAUGGCAUCGCGGUUGGACAAUUCUCCCCAGUCUCCAGACAGCGGACAGAUGCGCGUGGAGAACAGCACACCUGCAGUGUCUCAGUCUCCAUCCAACAACACGCUCACACUCCCCACGACGGACACACCGCCAGACGAACACACGUCACUCCUAAUCGAGCAGAACUGUGUGUCUCCUCGCCAAGCCAAUCACAGUACACACAGCGAGAUCUGACGCUCACAUACCUUUCUAACAGCAUGCUUAGAGGUUACCAUCAAAUACACUACUUUAUACACACACUGUUUCCAGCCUGAUUAAUGAAACUGUCAGAUGUCUGAAUGACAGACCCAUGCACCCAUUUAAUAUAUUUAACAGUCUGAGAUUCUUCAGUCGUACAACUUUAAGCUGCCAAAAUGAAGGGCAAAAAAUGGAGGGAGAAAAAAAAUCUGCGUGAUUGCACUGAGAAGUUAAGUCUGAAUGACAGAAUGCCUGGACGGAGUAGUUUUUGAUCUGGGCAUUUUAAAGACUGAUUUUUUUUUUCUUUUUAAAGAACACUUGUUUUGAAACCAAAUGUUUUGUUUUAUUUUCUGGUUUUCAAUGGGGAAAGUGGGUGAGUGCUCGCUCUCUUUAUUUUUAUUUUUUAUUUAUUUUUUGGGGCGGGGGUAGGGGGUGGGUUUGACAUCAGAUAUACACAGUUACACUCACAGGUAAGACCAUAGAUUGAAGGAAUACUCCUUGGUUUUUCAGACUAAUCUCUACCCAGUGUGUGUGUGAUGAACACAGAUGAGAAUUUUGAUGCGAGGGGGAAAAACUGACUUUAUAAUGGAAGAGCAGUUGUUGGAAUGUCAAGUGUACUUAUAAAUUAAGCUCUACGUUGUAAUGUAUAAUUUAUUGGUUUACAGUUGAGGCUAUACACUCACUGGCCACUUUAUUAGGAACACCCAUAUAUCCACCUGCUGUUUUAUGCAGUUCUCUAAUCAACCAAUCCCUUGAUGUAUAAAAUCAUACAGAAACAAGUCAAGAGUUUCAGUUCAUGUUCACGUCAAACAUCAGAACGGGAAAAAUUGUGAUCUCAAAGUGUGACUUUCUUUCACCGUGGCACGGGUGUCGGUUUGAGCCAGACGGACUGGUUUGAGUAUUUCAGAAACUGCUGAUGUCCUGGGGUUUUCACACACAAACAACAGUCUCUAGGGUUUACACAGAAUGGUUGUUGGGGGGGGGGGGGGGAACAAAAAACAUUGAGUUGAGUAACCGACAGUUCCGUGGGUGGAAACAAAUGCCUUGUUGAUAAGAGAGGUCAGAGGAAAAUGGACAGAUUGGUUCGAGCUUUUUUUGUCAGGAAGGAUAUAAUAACUCCUAUAAUCAGUCUUUACAACCGUGGUGAACAGACAAGCAUCUCAGCAUGCAACAGAAGACCGUCCCUGUGUCCGAAAUCGCUCACUCGUUCACUACUCCCGACUCACUAUAUAGGGAAUUACUAUAUAGAGGACUAUAUAUUGAGCUCAUUAGUAAAAUGAAACAGACACUAGUCUGUCGCACUGGUAUUUACGUCAUUACUUUCGCACAAUUAAAACGUGCCAGAUCAGUCGGCCGGGUGGGUUUCAAAAUAAUAAAUACAUGCCUGUAUUUUUGUGAUAAAUCCAUAUUAUACUGAGCGUAUUUCCUACAUUAAUCAAUACAAAGUACCUGCAUCUUUCAGUUCUUUUAAAUCAAGCCUGAAUACUUUCUUUCUUUCUCCUUUGCCGCUGCCUUUUAUUCAAUCAAAUUUGAGACUUUUAAUUUGAUUUCUUUCAGUGCAACCACAAUGCAUGAUGGGAUAUACUGCUUUGGUUAGUGACCAUCGUUGUACACUUUUCGUGAUGCAUUGUAGGAUACUUUGAGUGCACUAUAUAGGGUGUAAUAAUCCUCACUAUCGUUUCGGGCAGCACUACAAAAGGGCGGCCUCACUAUAUAGUGCCCUAUAUAGUGAGUACGGAGCGAUUUCGGACACAGGGUAUAUUGGGUUCCACUCCUGCAGCCAAGAACAGGAAUCUUAGACUCAAGAACAAGUUCCUAUUAAAGUGACCAGUGAGUGUAUUUUUGACAUGGAAUAAUGGCUUUUAUUCUAUCCACAUUCACUGGAUAUGAGCAACCGUGUGCUCUGAUUGGCUACUCUACUACUUGGAUAUCAGCUUCUAUACCGUGAGUAGAGAAAAUGGCGGAGUGUGUUACUGAACCAACCGAGGACGAAAUAAAAACGCUACUCGAAAACAACCCCCACCCCACCCAAAAAAAAAUAAGCAACAAAAUAUGGAAUGAAAGUAUUUGAUGGUAAGAAUGUGGGUUUUUUUGUUUGUUUGGUUGUUGUUGGUUUUUUUUUAAGUUUUCAGGAAUUAUUCUUACAGCAUUUUUCACAAAUUGCUCCUGUCAUUUCGCCGGUUUGUUUGCAUUCUAAGCGGAAGUGAUUUUGUCGGACGUUUUGUGUAAAGUUUUAAUUUAUUGAAUUUGCAAAAAAAAUAACAAGAAAAAUGCUUGGUUUGUCAAAAUCCGGUGAAUGUGGAUAAAAUAAAACAGUUAUUCCGCUCACUCUCGUCGUACACGGAUUAUAGCGAUCGGCUCAUGUACGACUCGAUUUUGUGGAAUAACUGCUAAAUAUGUCAACGAAGUGGUGAAUGUAUACGUAUGUAUAGUUUAACAACUGCCCUUUAACUUCCAUAUAUAAAGUCAACACACUGUCUAAUUUUUAUUAUUUUAUUUUGUACAGGGAAAUGUGUCUUAAUUCUUAUCUGUAGCAAUCAUGCCGACACUCCAGAUGUAGAAAGAAGAGAUUAAGUUGAAAGCACGGAACUGUUCCUAUCCAAAAGUUGUGUGUUCAUGCUUAGCUGUUUUAAAGAAUCAACAUCUUUUAAUCCUAAUCGCACCAAAAUCCAAGAUGUAUCUCAGGGAGACACUAAGCACCAUAAUCUCUAUGUUAAACAAUUGUUUUCCACUAUACAACUAUAGAGCAAGUGACCAAAAAAAAAGAAAGAAAAGGAAAAAAAAACCCAAAAGCAUGUUGAAAUUUCAUCUCGUAUGGAGUCCAUGUAUUCACCUACUGUAAAUGAACUGUCAAACGUUUUUUUUUGUCCAGUCCGUGGACUUCUCUUCGUGUUUAAGUGAAUCACUGUUGUGACUGAGUCUAGUUGUUGUUUUGCAAUGACUCCGGGUUUUUCCGUUUGAUUUUUUUUGGUUUGGUUUUUUGUUUGUUUUAAUCCAAAGUGAGCAAGGCUGUAUCGAGGGGAAAAUGGAAUCAUUUCCUGUUUCAAAGGACAAUGCCUUGCAUAAAUGAGCUUUAAGACUUUGUGGUUCAAAUAUUGAACUUGAAGUUAACCCACCAGGAAUAUAAAUAUAUACAUACUGUAUUUAUUUGACAUAAAAAUUCAAGUUGUAUAUUUUCUUGUGAAAUGUACAUUUUGUCCUUUUUUUUUUUUAAAUUUCCGAUUGUGUUUUAUGGUUCUUGCCUUCAGAACAUAUAUUUCAGAUCAACAGCAUGUCUCGGUACUCGGUCAUUCAUCUGUGUCCCAAUUCUGGUCCGUUUAAGACAAUCUGUAGUUGCAUACAAACCAAAAAAUAUCUUUUAUUUAUACAAAAAUGAGUCGGAAGAGUCCUGGAGAUGAUACUGUACGUAGGUCUUUCAUGAUGUUAGCUUUACUUGUUUUAUUUGUCUUUAGGUUCUGGUUGUUAUUUUUUCCACUGUGAGGAUUUUAUUUUGCUUUAUACCAAAUCUGGAAAAAAAAAAUCCAUCUUAAAUAAACUGUAUGCAGGGCAACAGUGUUAGCCAAAUAAAUAUCCGAGAGCCUGUUCUUCACAA